AUUGUCAUGAGCCAGGCUCAUUUGUGAUUCACGCCACACACAUUAGAUGCCAGAAAUUUUAUGAUGCUGAGAAAGUCUUGCAUCUCUACAAUAUCAUUACAAAGAGAUUUGUCCUCUUACUGUGGAAAGAAGACUCAAAGAGUCGCAGAAUAGAGAGAAAGAAAAAUGGCAUUUAUUGAGAAGAUUCACUGCGUUGAAUCGGAUUCUGACACUUAUUAUGAUUCCGACGAUUCGCAAGAAGAUCCUACCUUCGCCAUUCUUGAAGAGACAAAAUCGAAAAUUUCAAGCCUCUCCAUCAGUAGUAAGAAAACUGAAUCCAGGCGUGGUGUUUCCGAUGUUAUUGAUGAUAGUGAUGGGGAAGAACAAGACGCCAUUGAUGUUGACGAGAGUGAUCAGAAGAGUUAUGAGAGUGUUCAAAACAUGAUUCUAGCUGGUGAGAUUGAAAAGCUAAAAAUUGAUCAGUGCAAGGUCUAUCUAAGGAAGCAUGGAUUGAGAUUGACUGGCAAAAAAGCUACGCUUAUUGAGCGUAUCAAGGAGCAUAUUGAUGUUGUCAAUGGUGGUGGAGAGAAGAAGUAUCCUGUAUCUAGUUUUGUAUUGAACUGCAAAGGUGAUGCAUGCACUGGAGAUGUUGUUUUGUUUGAACAAAAUGUAUAUGAAAUGUUCAAUAUUGCUUCCAGGAGCGCUAGUGCUCCUCCAUGCGGUACAAGGGUUGUUGCAGGAAGAAUUGUAAAAGAGAGCUAUGGCAUGGCAAAACAACAACAUACAUUUACUAUUGAAGUACUAUGGAGCAAAGGGGAGAAACCACUUCCUGCACUGCAUCCCCUCCUCAUCAAGGGAAGAAACCUUUAUCGGUUAAAAACAAUGAGACAGAGAUGGGAAGAUGAAGGGCAACGGCAGAAAAUGUUGUCAGAAAAACAUGCAAGAGGUUCUGUUGCCCGAACAAAUAGGGAAGCACGAAUUGCAGAAAAGGAAAUGCGAAUGAAGCCAAAGUUGAAUAGGGUGAAGAGAGCAGAAUGCCAGAAGCAAGCACCAGUUAGAAGCAAAGAGCAAACAAGGCAUAUGGCAUCGAUGAACUUGGAGAAAUCAGGGAACGAACAUCAGAAGUGCAGGAAUGAUACCAAGUUAACUGAAAUAGAGGGAAAGGUUAUUAAUCAUAAUGAGCCGCUGCCAUCAUCUCAUGACAGGAUUCAUCAGAGGCAACCUUUGAGUGAUGCAAAUGUGAUGAAUAGUUCAAGGAGCCCAUGCAGAGGGCACAUCAGUGUACAGUGUAGCUCUAAACCUAUGAAGAGCCCAUCAAGGGUGCAGAAUCAGAUGCGGCAACCUUUGACUGAUGCUAAUGUGAAUACUUCAGCUCCCUACAAUACACAAUAUGCAAGUUACAAUGCCCCAAGAGGAGGAGCAUUUACCCAUGGUGAAAACAUAAAUUCCAAUAUUCUGGUGCGUCCAACAAUGUGGCAUGGGUAUGCAGGAAACAGAAAUCAUCAUCCUACUGAUCAAACGAGAGCAAACUCCCUGUCCAAUAGCGGGAGCAGUGAAGUUUCUAUUGUGAAGCAGCCAUGUCGAUAUUAUGCUCAAGGUAGAUGUUAUUACGGGCACAAUUGCAAGUGGUUGCACUAGUGCAGACUGCAGAGGACACCAACCUUCUUGUAGGAGAAGAAGUAUUGCCUCAAUGCAUUUUUUUUUACAAUCGCACUUCUUUUUUUGAACUGACUGAAUGAAAAAUUUACUGUAUUAAUGUGAUUACACAUCCAUUCACCAAACUCUCUGAAGCAAAUUAUGCCAGCUCCUGUUAACAAUA